AUGCACGGUAGGGAAUCAAAAUACGCCUAUACUAUGAGGCAUCUCAAUUCGAGAGCCCGUCAUAGUGUCGUGAUCGUGAUCGUGACCAUUCGCGAAUCCGCACACGUUCAUCUAGAAAGUCCAUCAUUUAGUGCUCCAAUCACAAACGUGACAGCAGCAGUAGGUAGGGAAGCCAUCUUGACAUGUUUGGUUCAAGAUUUAGGAAAUUUUAAGGUGGCUUGGCUGCGCGUCGACACGCAAACGAUCCUGACCAUUCACAAUCACGUUAUCACGAAGAAUCACCGGAUCGGCGUGACGCACAGCGAGCACAAGACCUGGUUCUUGCACAUCAGGGAGAUCAAGGCGACCGACAAGGGCUGGUACAUGUGCCAGAUCAAUACGGAUCCGAUGAAGAGUCAGGUCGGCUACUUGGACGUUGUAGUUCCACCCGAUAUAUUGGAUUAUGCUACCAGCACAGAUGUUGUGAUUAGAGAAGGUUCGAACGUCAAUCUGCACUGCGUGGCUAAAGGCUUCCCUACACCCUCGAUCAUGUGGAAGCGUGAAACUGGCGAAAUGAUUAAGCUUGAUUUUGCAGGUGCCGAAGGCUCAGUCCUGAACUUGACAAGGGUGAGCAGGCAACAAAUGGGGCCCUACCUGUGCAUAGCUUCCAAUGGAGUGCCCCCCUCAGUCAGCAAACGCAUCAUGCUGAUAGUUCAUUUUCCUCCAAUGGUAUGGAUCAAAAACCAACUGGUGGGAGCAUACGAGGGACAACAAGUUACCUUGGAAUGCCACUUAGAAGCUUUCCCCAAAUCCAUAAACUACUGGAUCAAUGAACGUGGAGAAAUUAUAUCUCAAAGCAGUGAGUACGAUCCAACCCAGAAAUCGCACAACUACAAAAUCUACAUGAAACUGAAGAUCGAGCACGUGAUGCAAUCGGACUACGGCAAAUACAAAUGCAUCGCGAAAAACGCUCUGGGCGAGACGGACGGCACGAUCCAGCUGUUCUGUAAGUAUACUAAAGCGGGAUUUCGGGAUCUUCCAGGGUCAAAGGGCAUCGACGAUUCACUUUUUCUUUGA